AUGAGCGACGAUCCGCUGCUGGAGAAGACGAUCCGUGACAAGAUCGAGAUCGAUUCAGUGCAGGCCGGCGACCCACAUGCGCAUAAGCCCUCCGAGUUCUACGCGCCCUACCUGACGCUGCCCUACUACCAUGGGCUGGUGACGAAGCCUGAUGUUCCAGAGUUGUUGGGCAGAGGCGGCGAGUUCAUGCUGCGAUUCGCAUGUCCGGAGGUGUCGGGCCAACCGAUGAAGCCGGUGCUGUCCAUUCAUCCGGUUGGUGGGGAUAAAGAGUCGGCGAGUUUUUGAGAUUUUUUAUUUUUUUGCCUUGCAUGUUAGUAGAGCGAGUUUAACAUUAAUUUUCUGUCAGAUAGUACAUGUAGAAGUCAAGGUGAACAAUGGAAAGUACUCAGUAGACUCCAGCCGCUCUUUUGACACUAUUGAAUCGCUGGUGAAUCAUUACCAAUCCAAUAAAGAAUCGAUUCCGGGACAUGUGAGUACCUACAGUGGCGGACCUGAUCCAACGUACCAUUUUGCAUCCGGGAAGUAUCAAAAAUGUGGCAAAAUGCCUCCCUCUCCAAUUAAAAAACUCCCUUUUGAAGGGCGCGCUUAAGGGAGGUAUUUUGCCACAUUUUUUGAUACCUUCCGGAUACAAAAUGGCACGUUUUUUGCCGCUGGACCAGGUCCGUCACUCUACUGCAAUAUCAUUAUUUUCAAUAUAAUUUUUCCCAAAUUUUAGACCAGCGCUAUGCUAAACCGACCAGCCAAACGUCAUCGAUGGCAGCUGAGGAACAACAUGAUCAAAGUGGAAAGAAAAAUUGGCGCUGGAAGCUUCGGUAGGCUACUACAAUAUAAAACAUGAUGAUGCUUGUUAAAAAGUCUAAUGAAAUUUUUGUAGCCCAAGUAUUUUUAUGCAUAAUGAGAAGUAGGAAUCGCGAAAGAGAAGUCGCCGUGAAGAUUUGCCAUGAGACUCCGAAACUGCCGAAGGAAGAAAUGAUGAAAGAGGUGAUGAGAGAAGUCCGGAUCAUGAAGCCGUUGAAGCACAAGAAUGUUGUUAGGCUGUUUGGAGUCGCUAUGGACUAUGAACCGUGAGUUAACACUGUUUCCAGCAGUGUGAAUAGCAUUUCGCAACAUCAAAAGACAAAAAGUUAUAUUAAUUUACAAGAGAAGUACCCCAAGCGCGACGCUCAGAUUUUCUUUAAAUUUUGCACAUACGUUGGGCAUAGAUUAGAUGUCAAUUACUGAAAGUUUUAGCUCCCGCUUUGCAGGCGCCAUCGAGAUAUUGAAUCAUCUUCGCCGCCGAGAGAGUACGAUAAACCCGGAGAGCGGUCAGAGAGAAAAACAAUUUUUGGCCAUAGCUCUUCCAGUUUCGUACCCGAAAAAUUGAUUUUUUGUGAAAACAUUACCCUCCAUGGUAGAAAUAGGCAUGAAACUUUUCGUCCCGAAAUUCGGCAAAAAGUGUCAAAUUUUCGCCAACUUUCGAUCUGAAAAUAUCGGUUGUUUCUGCGAAGCGUGAGCUAGGAUUCUCGCAUAUAUUUUACAAGGAAAGUACUUCUAUGGGGUGUGGAGUUACAGGUCGAGUCAUAUAUCAAAAAAUUCGCGAAAUUUUUCUGAUUCAGAAUAUGCAAAAAUUAGCUGCCUAAUUUUGGUUUGUAAGGGUGAAAAUAUCCUCAGAACUUUUUUCGCAACACCAUGAAAAUGCGCCUUUUUGCCAUUGGAACUACUAAUUAAGGUGUAGUAUAAAUUAAAUUUGAUAUUUUGAGGCUUGUAAAGAUACCAGAGUUUACUUUAACUCAAAACAAAGCUUUUGAAUUGGUAAAAACUUGGUCAAAAAGGCAUUUGCGUGGUGUUUCGAAAAAAGUUCCGAGGGUUUUUUCACCUUUAAAAACCAAAAUUAGGCAGCUUAUUUUUGCAUAUUCUGAAUCAGAAAAUUUUUGCGAAUUUUUUGAUAUAUGACUCGACCUGUAACUCCAUACCCCAUAGAAGUACUUUCCUUGUUAGAAAAAAUUAAUCUAAAUUUGUGCCAAGUUUCAUCUAAAUCUAAGCGUUGCACUUGGGUACUUUCCCUGUUAGUCAUCAAAAAAAUACAAAGCCAAGAGAACGCGUGGAUUUUGACGUUUUUCUUCCAGAAUCAUGAUUGUUAUGGAAUAUGUGCGAGGAGGAUCGCUUCAGCGGUAUCUGAGAAAGAAUUCUGGCCGCGUUUCGCCCCUGGACAAGUUGGAAAAAAUGAUUGUAGGAGCUGGUCGGGGACUGGAAUAUGUUCAUUCCAUGAAGCUGAUCCAUCGAGAUAUCGCGGCUAGAAAUUGCCUAUUCGAUAAAGAAACGGUAGGUCUAAUUUUGAAUUUUUGACACUAAUGACUAUAAGAAUUAUAUUGCUUUAGAUGUUACUGUUGCGGACCUGAUCCAGUGGCAAAAAAGUGCCAUUUUGCAUCCGGGAAGUAUCAAAAAAUAUGGCAAAAUACCUCCCUUUUCAAGUUAAAAAAGUCAGAUUUCAAAACCGGUCUUUUUGCGAGGUAAAUUCAAAGCGGAGUCUUUUUACUUGGAGAGGGAGGCAUUUUGCCACAUUUUUUAUACUUCCCGGAUGCAAAAUGGCACGUUUUUUGCCAAUGGAUCAUGUCCGUCAUUGUAGCUGAUCCUCAUAUUUGAGGACUUUUUGCCAUUAACCUUCGAAAAUGACAUGUUUUUAGUGCAAAAUCAGCGAUUUUGGGCUGACGAGAUCCGGGGAAUCCUACAAACUGGUAAAGGUUCGGAAAGUCCCGUACAAGAAUAUGGCUCCGGAAGUCUAUACAACCUUCAAGUACACCCCUGCCAGUGAUGUCUACGCCUUUGGAGUGAUGGCUUGGGAAAUCUGGAUGGACGGAAAAGAACCCUUUUUGGAUAAGAAGUUGGUCGAUGUGAAGUCAAUGGUUUUGGCGGGAACUCGACUCGAAUUUUCGCCUUCAACCCCUUCGGAUGUGGUCCAUAUUGUCACUGACUAUUGUUGGAAUCAGAAGCCGGAGGAUCGGCAGACAAUGUCGUUUGUGGUCCGGAAAAUGGAAGAGGCGACGUUGAGGAUGGCGCUUGAAAUUUCGAAGUCGAGGGCGGACAAUACGGAAGAGGAUGUGGAGCCGGGAAUGCCGAUGAAAAGCACUGUGGCCUCAAUUAUCAACAGAGAACACCACGAGCAAACGGAAACUGAAUGCGAGGUAAGUUAAGGGCUAUCUGAUUAUAUUGUAGAAGGCAAGGGAAUUGAGUAAUAUCUCAGGUGUCAACCUAAGGCCCGCGCUGAAAUCGCCAGGGAUUUAAUUGUGCACUAUUUAGAGAGCACAGGUAAAAUUUGAAAGACAUUCGAAGAAUUUCAAAUUGUAUAUUUGACCUUUAUAUUACACUAGGUACAGUAAGAUAUUUUUGAUUGUUUUUGUCAGAAAUGAGCCUUGUAACGUAGAAAAAAUAAUUUUCGGUGCAUGAAAAAGUCAAGUUGAUUUCAGACCAGCAUGUAUGACACUCGAACUAUCAGCUCCAACGACACAACUGCCUCAUCCAGUUCGACCGCUAUCACGACUCCCGUUGGCUCCAGGAAGAAUCUUUCCGUGAAGGAGAAGAAAAAGAAAGACUCGAAACGGAAACACCACAAGUAG